UUAUUGGAUUUCUAGAUGCUGACAGAAAUUGAAAAGGAAAGGCAAGAAACUAUUAAACAUAACUUAAAAGAAUUAGAGGUUGUUGGGAUAGAUCCUCCUAGGUUGAAGAGCAUGGCAAUGUCAUUGUUUGGUUCAAAAGCGAAAGCAAGUGGUAAAAGCACUAAAGAGGGGAACAACAAGGUGGGCCAUGGCGCUGAUCCUAAUUAUAUACCACCCGAAGGUGUAGAAAUUCUAAGUUCCUGCAGUGACAAUGAUGAGUCUUCUAGGUCUCAAGCUAAAAAGCAAACAUUUGGACUUGUUGACUAUAAGAACGAUAUGGUUCUUAGGCGCAUCAUCGACGUUAAGUGCCAAGCUUUGUAUAGAGAGUGGAAGUGCACGCUACACAGUCACUACAAAGUGAUCAAGAAGGAGGUGUCUGACCCCAAAAACCAUCCAUUAUAUCCCUGUAAUCCAGAGGACUGGAAAUUCAUGAUUAAGAAAGUGUGGCGGAAAAAAGCUUUUAAGAAGAAGUCUAAGAGAGGGAAAAAUGCACGAAAAUCGUUGAAAUAUAACCAUACUAGCGGCUCCCAAUCAUUUGUAGCACAAGCAUCCAAGUUUGAUAAGAUUGCUAAAAAGCUAGUUGAGCAGUCGCAACCCGGUGUCACAAAUCCUCAAUCUGAGGUACAAGUUUCCAUUGAUGUGCUUGGGAAGAGAUCGGGCUACUUGAAGGGAUAUGGAAUUCGCAAGAGCACAUAUGCUACACAUUCUCAAGCAGUCCCAAAUUCCGAGGUAGUUGCUCUUAAAGAAGUCGUGGCUGAUCAAGCAAAACUCAUAGCUGAUUAUGCUAAAAAAUUUGAAACCAUGAUGCUCUUCAUGGCUACAAAGAAUGGAGUUGAUCCAGCCACCAUUCCGGGAUUGAUUUCAAGUAAUGAAAAUGGAGAAGACACUUCGAUUGGACAAGAAGAUGGAAUUUUGACUUAAAUGGAGGUCGAACGUGUUGACUUUAGUUGUUUUGAAUGGGUUUUUUUUGAAUAUUACGUUUGAUUCAACUAUGGGAGGUGAUUACUGUUGAAUUUUUUUGUAUGCGUAGACAUCUAGAUUAGUUUUAGGAGACAUGGCGGGUGGAGUAAAUUUGUGGAGACAUGGCAGGUGGAGUACUAGUUUUUGGAGACAUGGCUGGUGAAGUAAAUAUGGGGAGACAUGGCAGGUGGAGUACUAGUUUUUGGAUACAUGGCAGGUGGAGUUAUCUUUUGGUUGUAUUUUGGACGUUUAUAUAAGUUUGGGAUAAUCAUUUGGCUGUAAUAUUCUGGAUGCUUGGAUAGUUGGUUUUUGGAUUGCGAUAUAUUUAAAGGUAUUAGAAUGACCUAUCUAUUGAUUUUGAUGAA